GGAAAAAAAAUACAGAAUAGGGAGCUGACUUUUCGCUCGUCACGGAAGGAUUUGUGUUGAAGGAAAUUUCUGUAAUCUAAUUCAAUUAUUAGCCUUUUAUUCAAAAUGUUUUCAUUGUAUACUUAUUUUCUGUGUCUAUUUCAUCUGUCCAAUAAAAUUGUAAUGUUUCGGCCCCCUGUGCUUUAAAAUAAUGUCCAUUAUUUACAAGACUAUUGUGGAUCAGUGAAGAGUUGUAUUUACGGUUUUAGUUAAUUAUUAGCGACAAUGGAUAAAGGAGUGACUUGUGAGCACUUGAAUAAGCUCGCGGAUGUUUUGGAGAAGGAGUUGUGGCAGUCAAAAGAAACAUUAACCUGUUUCGACUGCGGUUGUCCGGGUCCCAACUUGUGGAUCUGUCUGCAGCCCGAUUGUCACCACAUUGGUUGCUCGGAAGUGAAGAAUGACCACAGCACCAUUCAUCAAAAGAAUUUCCCAUCGCACUGCGUGCAUAUGAACAUAUCGACUGAGAGGAUAUGGUGUUACACGUGCGAGAAGGAAGUUCAUGUCAGGGCUGCAAUAGCACAAUCUCUGGCAAGCCCAGAUACAACGACGAUGGAGGGCCCGGGGGCGAGCGCUCGCUUCGGCUCCGUCGGGCUGGCCCCGCCCUCCGAAGAUGACCUGGACCCUGAGGAUAUGGAGUAUGACGACGAAUCGCGCCCUAGAGGGCUGGUGGGGCUGCAGAACAUGGGCAACACGUGCUACAUGAACGCGGCGCUGCAGGCGCUCAGCAACACCGCGCCGCUGACGUCAUACUUCCUGCAGUGCGCCGCUGUGGCCGUGCUAGCCGCGGAUACACUUUUUAUCGAGACAUUUUAUAAGCCCAUACAUUUGUUGUCUAAAAUCGUCGAUAAGAUUUUAUCUUUGCGCUGGUGCCAGACUGGUGAAUGCAAAUGCGAUAGUGCUGCUGCUUCAGCGCUAAUCACUUGGUGUCAGUGUCUUAGCGACAAGCAAGUAACAGAACCUCACUCGCCAGUGGCGCCAACAGUGAGCGCAAUUAAUAAGGAAACCCUCGUUGCUUCUCUCUCUCUCUCUCUCUCUCUCUCUCUCUCUCAAAUCCCCCCCACCAGUGGUGCUAUAACUGAAGCAGCGCUCCCCGCAGGGCUGGUCGGUCUUCAGAACAUGGGCAACACGUGCUACAUGAACGCGGCGCUGCAGGCGCUCAGCAACACCGCGCCGCUGACGUCAUACUUCCUGGAGUGCGCCGCGGUGGCCGUGCUGGCCGCGGAUAGACUUAUCGCGGGGUUUUGUCGUUUUCGCACGAUAAACCCAUUUGUCGUCUAA